GCUGAAGGGCGCGUGCUGCGUGCAGACUCUCCUCCGGCAGUGUGCGUGUGUCAGAGAACCAAUCCGUGUCCGUCUCCGCGAGUCACUUAAGACUCGGCACCGUCGCAUCCUCCGUCCACUCAGCUGGACCCCCGUAAACACCGAGCGCCACUUUUACGCAGGAAGCAGUUCGCGGUGCGCCUCUAUCCUCCUGUUGCACCAUGGACAGCUCCGGUCUGCCUACGCACUUUCUCCUGAAUGACACUUUGAAGCACGGUGGGCACGUGGAUGACUCCCCGGAUGAUGUGACCGCGUCAGGGUUACGAGGGAGCGGCGGCGGAACGAGGUUGGUGGCCGCUCCUCCGUCGGACUCCUCUUACCUGCUGCCCGCCUUCUGGGACUCCCCGCUCAGUCAUGGGAUCAACGUGUUCGUGGGGCUGGUCCUGUGCUUCACCAUGCUGGGGCUGGGCUGCACGGUGGAGCUCAGCCAGCUCGGAGAGCACCUCCGCAGACCCGUCGGCGUGCUGCUGGCGCUCGUGUGCCAGUUUGUCAUCAUGCCCCUGGUGGCCUUUCUGCUGGCCUUAACUUUCUCUCUGGAUGACGUAGCAGCCAUGGCGGUUCUGCUGUGCGGCUGCUGCCCAGGAGGGAACCUGUCAAAUAUCAUGACCCUGCUGGUGAACGGAGAGAUGAACCUCAGCAUCAUCAUGACCAUCUCGUCCACGUUGCUGGCGCUCGUGCUGAUGCCGCUGUGUCUGUGGAUCUACAGUCGGGCGUGGAUCAACACGCCUGUGGUCGACCUGCUGCCCUUCGGUGCCAUCAUCCUCACCCUGUGCAGCACCCUCAUCCCCAUUGGUUUAGGAGUUGUCUUGAGGUACCGCUGCACGAGAGUGGCAGAUGUUGUUUUGAAGGCGUCCCUGUGGUCUCUGCUGGUCACUCUGGUGAUGCUGUUCAUCCUGACCGGGGCCAUGCUGGGACCAGAGCUGCUGGCCACCAUCCCACUGUCUGUCUACAUGGUGGCCGUGCUGAUGCCUCUGUGUGGGUAUGCAGCCGGUUACGGCCUAGCCGUGCUCUUUCACCUGCCGCCCAACAGCCGCAGAUCGGUGUCUCUGGAGACGGGAUGCCAGAACGUGCAACUGUGCACGGCAAUCCUGAAGCUGGCUUUCCCACCACACCUGAUGGGCGGGUUGUACAUGUUCCCUCUGCUCUAUGCCCUGUUCCAAGCAGCUGAGGCCGGCGUCUUCAUCCUGGUCUACAGGCUGUACAGAAAGGAGGUUCUGCACAAAAAGGAGCCCAUAGGGGACAGCCGCGACAUGGAUAUAACAUAUCAAAGGUUUCAUGAUGAUGACACUGGCUUUGACUCAUCUUACGGUACGAUGACAGUGAGUGACCCAAACAGCAUCAUGUUGGACCCCUGUCCUCCAGACGCAACGGCCGUUUAACGUUACCAAAGAAAAGCUGCAGCUGGAGUCAACAUUAGUGCCAAAAACAGCCGGAGACGUGCAGGGAAACUGACAUUUGUCGCUCAUCUGACUGAAGAAUAAAGGUGCUUCAUGUCAGGAGCUUCAUUGCUUCAAAGCAUCCAAGACUAACAUCCAGUGUAGAGACCAAAAUGCAGAUAUCAAGGAAGCAGCAAAAUGUACAUGUAACCUGUGAAAGUACAUCAAUAAAAGCAAUUUUAGUCCC